CCGCGUCAUGUGACCAUCCUCCAACUGGAGUUUCCACGACAGCUGGGAGCCGUGCGAUACCUCCUCGCGUAUUGCUUUCUUAAAGAAUACGUAGGGACUGUCCUUAUUUCAACAUCCGCAAACAAACUUUUGGCGGCAUGGGAGACAAGAAGAGUCCAACCAGGCCGAAGCGUCAACCAAAGCCUUCGGCGGAAGAGGGAAAUUGGGACUGUAGCGUUUGCACAUACAAGAACACCGCGGAGGCUUUCAAGUGCAUGAUGUGCGAUGUAAGGAAAGGGACGUCAACACGGAAGCCUCGUCCUGUCUCCCAGCUGGUUGCUCAGCGGGUAGCGCCGCAGUUCGCCUCGCCCACGCUGCUGCCCAAGAAGGACAAGAAGGACAGAACGGACCAGGAGAAGAAUGACAAAGAGCCCACAGUGAAGAAGAACAACCACAAGAAGAUGAGGCCCAGGUUAAAAAACAUCGACAGGAGCAGCGCUCAGCACCUAGAGGUCACGGUUGGAGACCUGACUGUCAUCAUCACAGACUUUAAGGAGAAAACCAAACCUCCCCCCUCCUCCACCACCACCACUACACCCCCCACCUCUACCACCCCCUCCAGCACUGUGUCUGUGUCUGCAGAACACCACAGUGGCUCCAGCUCAGACAACAACACUGAGAGAGGGGUCUCACGGUCAUCUUCACCCCGGGGAGAGGGCUUCUUAGUCGGGACAGAGUCCCACUAGACCACCCCAAUUGGAACCCCCCACCAAACUCCUAGCCCAACAGACCCUCAGACCUCCAACCCCUAGACCUUGGCCUGGAUCCCCGAGACCUUGUCCUGGAUCCCCAACCCCUAGACCUUGGCCUGGAUCCCCGACACAGAGACCUUGGCCUGGAUCCCCAACCCCUAGACCCUGGCCUGGACCCCGAGACCCUGGCCUGGACCCCCAACCCCUAGACCUUGGCCUGGAUCCCCAACCCCUAGACCUUGGACUGGAUCCCCGACACCGAGACCUUGGCCUGGAUCCCCAACCCCUAGACCUUGGCCUGGAUCCCCGACACCGAGACCUUGGCCUGGACCCCCAACCCCUAGACCUUGGCCUGGAUCCCCAACCCCUAGACCUUGGCCUGGAUCCCCAACCCCUAGACCUUGGCCUGGAUCCCCAACCCCUAGACCUUGGCCUGGAUCCCCAACCCCUAGACCUUGGCCUGGAUCCCCAACCCAGACCUUGGCCUGGAUCCCCGACACAGACCUUUGCCUGGAUCCCCAACCCCUAGACCUUGGCCUGGAUCCCCAACCCCUAGACCUUGGCUAUGACUACUCAUGGCUUAACAUAGGCCACUCUAACCUCACUCCUCUGUCCUCAACUCUGAUAUGUAAUGUUAUCUCUGGACUUGCACAUUUACUGUAGUACUAGCUACAGGUUACAGCUAGAUCAACAGAUUUAGCUGCUACAGGUUACAGCUAGAUCAACACAUUUAGCAGCUACAGGUUACAACUAGAUCAACACAUUUAGCAGCUACAGGUUACAACUAGAUCAACACAUUUAGCAGCUACAGAUUACAGCUAGAUCAACACAUUUAGCAGCUACAGGUUACAGCUAGAUCAACACAUUUAGCAGCUACAGGUUACAGCUAGAUCAACACAUUUAGCAGCUACAGAUUACAGCUAGAUCAACACAUUUAGCAGCUACAGAUUACAGCUAGAUCAACACAUUUAGCAGCUACAGAUUACAGCUAGAUCAACACAUUUAGCAGCUACAGGUUACAGCUAGAUCAACACAUUUAGCAUCUACAGAUUACAGCUAGAUCAACACAUUUAGCAGCUACAGAUUACAGCUAGAUCAACACAUUUAGCAGCUACAGAUUACAGCUAGAUCAACACAUUUAGCAGCUACAGGUUACAGCUAGAUCAACACAUUUAGCAUCUACAGGUUACAGCUAGAUCAACACAUUUAGCAGCUACAGAUUACAGCUAGAUCAACACAUUUAACAGCUACAGAUUACAGCUAGAUCAACACAUUUAGCAGCUACAGGUUACAGCUAGAUCAACACAUUUAGCAGCUACAGAUUACAGCUAGAUCAACACAUUUAGCAGCUACAGAUUACAGCUAGAUCAACACAUUUAGCAGCUACAGGUUACAGCUAGAUCAACACAUUUAGCAGCUACAGAUUACAGCUAGAUCAACACAUUUAGCUGCUACAGGCUACAGCUAGAUCAACACAUGUAGCAGCUACAGGUUACAGCUAGAUCAACACAUUUAGCAGCUACAGGUUACAGCUAGAUCAACACAUUUAGCAGCUACAGGUUACAGCUAGAUCAACACAUUUAGCUGCUACAGGCUACAGCUAGAUCAACACAUUUAGCAGCUACAGGUUACAACUAGAUCAACACAUUUAGCAGCUACAGGUUACAGCUAGAUCAACACAUUUAGCAGCUACAGGUUACAGCUAGAUCAACACAUUUAGCUGCUACAGGCUACAGCUAGAUCAACACAUUUAGCAGCUACAGUUUAUAGCUAGCACUACUACUACCAACCUUGAGUUGUGGUUUGCUUUUGGACACAAAAAAACACCACAAUCUGAAGUCUUGUUUUAAUUACAUUUCUCUGAUUAACUUUAGGCCAAUUUCACUGACUUUUAAAAACUCUUUUUGAAACCUGUGUUCUAAACAUGAAGUAAUGUCAUUACAUUUAGCUGAUCUUAGCCUAUUGUACAGCUUUGUUUUAAUGUGUUAUAACAUCACGUCAGUGUUAGUAUCCAUGUCAACAUCGGAACUUUCAACCUCCUGUCCAAUGAGAACUGUCGUGACAUGAUGAUUAUGGUUCAGAGUUCUUGAGUUUGUGUUGCAUUAUGGGAGAAAACAUGAGGUACAUGUGGAGAGGAUGGAAAACCUAUUGGCUCUCUUUUGGUACUUGUCUCUCAGUUGUAAAGUGUCAUUUAUUGAUUGAAUGUGUUGGAGACUGAAUUGUAUUGUCAUUGACUCACAUCAGCCGGGACCUGGUGUGGUUUUAUCAUUCAUGAGAAAAUGUUGUUCAAAACAGCGUCUGUUUUUGAAUUGUGUCCGUUUUAACACCACCUCAAAUGGUUGAUCAUACCGUGUCACAACAUUCACUGUUACAUUUUCUAUCCUUUGUUUUGUUUCUACCAAGCUUUGCUGUUUAGAAAUGUAUGGACGACUUGGUUGAUUACAUGGUUCAAUGUCUAUAAAGAAAGAUAUAAAUAAUGGCA